AUGACGAGUGAUUUGACGCCAUUCACUCGACGCAUGCUCAAGCUCCCUUCCCCACCGUCGCCGCCGUCUCCGCAACACAAUGACAUCAAUUCGUUUCUUUCCUAUGCUGAACGGACAGCUCUACCCUCGGCAAGUACCGUGUAUGUGGGUACUCACUACGAGUACACCGUUCUCCAAAGUUUGCGCCAGUUCGCAUUCGCAUUACAUCGCAUCGGCGGCCGCGAUGACGCCGGAAUUGACCUGGUAGGGACAUGGCAUCUCCCUGAGCGGGAGGGAGAGCGCGCGUUGCGUGUCCUAGUCCAAUGUAAAGCCCUCAAGACGAAGCUGGGGCCAAACAUUGUCCGUGAGCUGGAAGGGGCUUUACGCCAGGCCCCUGUUGGCUGGCGCACAGAUCAGACCGUGGGGAUACUGGUGAGCCCUCGCGAAGCUACGAAGGGAGUGAGAGAGGCGCUAGCACGAAGUAAAUUCCCGCUUUUCUGGAUGAUGCUCGAGCCGAAUGGGACAUUGAAACAAGCGCUCUGGAAUAUUCGCGCAGAGCAACUUGGCCUGGGAGCGUUGGGGGUCGAAUCGCGAUACGGCACUGCCCCGGAAACAACCCAGAGUAGACAGGCUGGGUCUAUGACAAAGGAAGUCGCUUUGACCUGGGAUGGCAGAGAUAUUCCUGGCAUGGAUCAUGUAGAGAAGAGCUUGCUUGAACAUGAGGAUCAAUGGCUGAGGUCCUGGGGCGUUGAUUCGUCAAUUAAGAAAGAAAAACUGUUGGAUAUUAUUGAGGAAGUCUUUCCCGAUGGACCGCCAGAGAGACAAGCAGACGGCUCCUUUUCCACUGCCGACCAGGCAAGGAUCUUGCAGUCCUUAGCUGGAAAGCUACAGCCAAAUCAAUUACAAAAAUGA